UCUGGGACCAGAAUCAGCGCUCACUCGCCUGCUAGCUGUGCCUGGGUGACCCCACAGCUGAGCGCUCCGCGGCUGCCACCACGGCCCCCGCCCGCCAUGAGGAGMGCGCACCAGCUAGUCCUCUUCUCCCUGGUCGUCCUUUGCAGGCGCGGGGACUGUCGCAUGGCCAAUGCUGAGGAGAAGCUGAUGGACGACCUUCUGAACAAAACCCGCUACAACAACCUGAUCCGGCCAGCCACCAGUUCCUCGCAGCUCAUCUCCAUCCAGCUGCAGCUCUCCCUGGCCCAGCUCAUCAGCGUGAAUGAGCGAGAACAGAUCAUGACCACCAACGUCUGGCUGAAACAGGAGUGGACUGAYUACCGCCUGGCCUGGAACAGCUCCCGCUACGAGGGUGUGAAUAUCCUGAGGAUCCCUGCAAAGCGCGUCUGGUUGCCUGACAUUGUGCUGUACAACAAUGCUGAUGGGACCUAUGAGGUGUCUGUCUACACCAACGUGGUGGUCCGCUCCAAUGGCAGCAUUAUGUGGCUGCCCCCUGCCAUCUACAAGAGUGCCUGCAAGAUCGAGGUGAAGCAUUUUCCCUUCGACCAGCAGAACUGCACCCUCAAGUUUCGCUCGUGGACCUACGACCACACGGAAAUCGACAUGCUCCUUAAGUCACCUAUGGCCAGUUUAGAUGACUUUACUCCCAGUGGUGAGUGGGACAUAGUGGCCCUCCCAGGGCGAAGGACAGUGAACCCACAGGACCCCAGCUAUGUGGACGUGACCUAUGACUUCAUCAUCAAGCGAAAGCCGCUUUUCUACACCAUCAACCUCAUCAUCCCCUGCGUGCUUAUCACGUCACUGGCCAUCCUGGUCUUCUACCUGCCGUCUGACUGUGGGGAGAAGAUGACGCUGUGCAUCUCUGUACUCCUGGCGCUCACCUUCUUCCUGCUGCUCAUCUCCAAGAUUGUGCCACCCACCUCCCUUGAUGUGCCACUCAUYGGCAAGUACCUCAUGUUCACCAUGGUGCUGGUCACCUUCUCCAUCGUCACUACCGUGUGUGUGCUCAAUGUGCACCACCGCUCACCCAGCACCCACACCAUGGCGCCCUGGGUCAAGCGCUGUUUCCUGCACAAGCUGCCUACCUUCCUCUUCAUGAAGAGACUUGGCCUUCACAGCAGCCCUGCCAAGGCCCCCCUGCCCACCCAGUUGUACCUGACUAAGACUGAGGCCACUGCCACCUCUGCUGUGGGCCCUGCCAGUCCCUCUAACCUCUACGGGAACUCCAUGUACUUUAUGAACCCUGCCCCUGCGGCGCCCAAGUCUCCAGCUGGCUCCCACUCAGCAGGCAUCCCCAGAGAUUUCAGGCAGAGGUCCUCUGGGAGGUUCCGGCAGGAUGUGCAGGAGGCUUUGGAGGGUGUCAGCUUCAUUGCCCAGCACAUGAAGAGUGACGAUGAAGACCAGAAUGUCAUUGAGGACUGGAAAUAUGUGGCCAUGGUGGUCGACCGGCUGUUCCUGUGGGUAUUCGUGCUUGUAUGCAUCCUGGGCACUGUGGGGCUCUUCCUCCCUCCCCUUUUCCUGACCCACCCACCUUCUGAGGUGCCCUAG